AUGCGAUUAGGCACCAAGAGUUGUGUCGAGUGUCGGCGACGCAAAGUCCGUUGCAUCUUCUCGCCUGGCCAGGCCAUCUGUCAAGCUUGCGCUCUUCAUGACUCUGUCUGUGAUUCACAACAGCUAGUAAGUAAGGAAAGAUCGAGCAAUCAAACCAUCAAUGGCUACAACCAAACUAAUCAGAGACUGGAUGAACUAUCCGAUCAAAUUCGUCACAUUUGCAACGCAAUAGGGCUCGACCUUCAACAAUCGACAUCGAACGCCAUUUACUCUGAGGCUAUUAGAGAAGAGAGGGAACAAGAAGAACCAGAGUAUCAAACUGAGGACGUGCCACUUUUACGAUUGUUCAAGGACUCUAAUUUCCUUCUUUCUGAGACUCACAAUGGUGACGCAUAUAGUCCGAGAUCUGGUCCUUCUCAUCAGGCGAAGGCUUACAUCCAGGCUUUGGUCGAUUUGACUCCCUCAAAAGAUGACCUAGCUUUGAUCCUGCGAUUGACGGAACCUUACUGGGCCGUCUGCCCUGUGGCACCUUCGACGUCUCACGCAAACUCACCUCCGAGCACUGUACCUAGAGUACAACAGUUCAUACACGACUCCAUGAAAUCCGGCAAGCCUGCCAUGGUUGCAAAAGCAGCACUCUGGCUUGCUUGUUGCAUUCAACAUCUUCCGAAGGGCUUUGAUGCAGUCCUCCCGAGCCGAAGCAGCGAUCGGACCCCUACGAUGCCUCCCUCAAACUGCUCAAGGAAUGAGGUCCUGGACGGUCUUUUAGGCGGCGCUGAAGUUUUAGUGUCUAUUGACGCAGACUCCGGGGGCACACUUGAAGGCGUUGAGUCCGGCUUCUUGCAAUGCCAAAACUACGUAUCCCUCGGGAGACCUCGCAAAGCAUGGUCUGUCAUUCGCCGAGCAAUCAACUCUGCUCUCUUGAUCGGUCUGCCCCGAAAAUGCCUCACUGAAUACCCAGGCUCAAUGUGGCCACCUUUGUGGCAAACUGAACGACAAAUAGCCAUGCUUCUAGGAUUACCGUAUGCCGUUGCGUCCUCGCACCCAAGCAUCUCCGAGAAAUCUCUGGGACUUGAUGCUGAACAGCAAGCUAUGCACGACAUUGCCGUUAUAGUAGGGGCCGUUAUCGAUAGAAAUCAGAACUACGACCGAGUUGCAUAUUCAGACACACAGCAAAUGCACGAUAACCUUCGCCGUACCGUUUCAGUCCCGCUAGAUCUCCUUCUGAGCGAGCCUCCUUCGCCCUCUUCGUCCCUAGCAUACUUGUACCACCGGGCUUCCCUCGAAAUGUACCACCUGCAGACUUUGAAGUAUAUUCACCUCCCGUACAGCUUCAAGUCCGCGCAACAUACUGAGAGUGAGGCUCAGACAAUAGAUGUUUGUAGGAGAAUCUUGCACUGCUAUCAGAACUUUCGGACAAGGAAUGACCAAACGUUGCUCCUGGUUUGCGAUCUUCUGGACUUCCAAGCGUUCAGUGCAGCCAUGGUCCUUGUAAUUCACCAAUUCAGAUACCGCAAUUCACACAUGGGCGGACCGCCGGAGUACGAUUGGAACCUUAUUCAUCAAGUGACGAAAACUCUGACUCGUAUUACGGCUACCCGAGACUGUGCCGUCUCAAGUCAAUCGGUCGACGUCUUGACCUACUUCUCCGACCUUUACUACAUGAGAGGCUCGCUAUCUGAAUCUCGAGAGAUAGUUGUGCCGUACUUCGGCAAGAUUCGCGUUACAAUUGCAGGGAGUGCAGCGAACGUAGCGGGCUUCGACAGCGGUCGCAAUAUAGCGCCUAUUUUCGGGGACGAGAGCCAGAUGCAAGUGGAUAUAUCGUCUUUCGGAACUUUCAGCGACACGGUGGAUUUCCAAUCAGGGGCAGAGCUGGCUUCAGACUGGAUGGACAGCAUUGAUUGGCAAGGAGAUUUCGACUGGAAUUGGAAUUCGACGUUGCCAUUCGAUUAG